AGUGCGCAUCCUAAGCUCCCACCAAGAUAAAACGUAACAGCUGUCAAUAUCCAAGUAUCGCAUUCUAGAUCCAGAUUAUCGCGAUAACCACAACUAACCAGCAAUGUUAGAUUACUACUGGCGCGACUAUAACGGCACGAUACCCCACGAUGCCCUAGUAGCGGGUCAAGACGGUCAGCACCGAAACGUUUUCAUAGGGCAAGCCUACAUAAGAAAUUUAGGUUUAAUUGUGAUACACAUAACACCUGGUGAAAGAGAAUUCUAUGUAGCUGUCAGAGGAGUGCAUAAAGUCCACAACCACAUUAGAAUUCUUUGUGGAAAGCAGCCCGAUUUUAGUUGGGUUCCAGCGACGGCACGGGAUUUAUUUGAGACGCUAAGAGGUAGACACGGGAUCAUAGGUGGACACGAAGACGACUGUGGACCUAUUCACAUUGGGAGAAUUAAGCACGAAGGUGGGGUGUUGGUUGGAAAAAUCAACAGUUUUAUACCUCGAAAUGCGUAUUUGAUGUACCCGGAGAACCAUUGGCAGGAAUCGCGGGAAAUCCACAAUUAUGAAGUGCUGGUGUACAAUAAAUGUACUUGCUGAUAGUGAGGGGAUUAGUGAGAGAAUUUUAUUACUUAACCGUUUGUAUCGAUAAAAGAUAAAGUUUA